GCCUUUGUUGUUCUACCCUCUUCUUAUUUAUACCUGGCUGCAGGGCCAGCAUACAGGAACCUACGAACUUCCAGAGACAUCAAACUAUUAAACUAUCUUGAUUUUAACACAACUAUCUUCCAUCAGCGGUCUUCGGCUCGGCUCGGUGUGACAACGCCAGAAUACCAAUCCGCGCCGACGCUCCGACUCUGCCAAUUUGGUCGUCCUUCCACCCCACGAGAUACAGCCUUCGAGAUGGGGCAGACUUUUCAACUGGCGGCCCCCCGGGCGAAGAUGGCCUUGGAUUGGGGAUACACACUUGGAGAGAUGCUUUUUGACGGGUCAGCCAGGACCCUCGUGACCCUCCUCGCGGUCCCUGUUCGACCGCAUAAUACAUCUCCGCUAAGCCAGUCUCAAAGCGACCGUUGUGUCGCCCACGUGGCCGCUGGCGACUCGCAUGAGAUCUGGAUGAGCAAACGUUCGAAGCGUAAAGCCGAUGGCGAAAUGCUGGCCGGCUCCCGACAACCACACAAGCGGGCAAAAGCCAAAGACGGCGACCACGGGCUGGACAUCGUCCCUCCCAUCACCUUUUCCGACCUUCCUGUGGAACUGCAUCGACUUAUCUUUGCUCAUCUUGAGUCUAUCGAAGACGUCAUUUGCCUCGGUCUCACGAGUCGAUACUUCUGGGCCAUCGGUCAAGAUUAUGUCCACGAUUAUUACACUUCGUUCUUAGGGCGAUGGGCAGGUCAGAACAUCGUCUGUGUAGGAGAAGACGUCAAACCGGGCGACUUCCCGCCUGGAUUGUUCUCGGCGGAAGAGGUGGAUGAAUUGUGUCAAAGGACAACCGACAUACCGUAUGAUGACGACUAUCCCGACGACGUGGCAUUUCCCGCGGUCCCAUUCACGCUUUACCACUUCACCUUUCCCAGCAUUUCCAAUAAAAUGCGAUCUGAACACAAAGUCGCAAUUGAUAUAUGUUGAGUGCAUCGUCCGGGAGAGGCGGAGCGAUAAACCCAAGGACCCUGCACUUGAGUUGGCAUACUCGGACAUCUGUGUCACAGAGUCAACGUACUUUCCCGAAACCCAACCAUGGAUUCUCAGAAACUUGACGACGAAAGAGUUUGUCCGCUCAGAAGCCAUUGCCCUGAAACCGGAAUUUAUCCACGGCCCUAGCAUCGACGUUUUAGGCUUUGGCGAAGUCGUCAUGUCACGCAUCUGUUGG